GGACGGUGGUCGGUGCCGGGGGGGGGGGGGGGGGGGGGGGGGGCGUCCCGGCCGCGCCGCGACCAUGACUCUGGAGUCCAUGAUGGCCUGUUGCCUGAGCGACGAGGUGAAGGAGUCGAAGCGCAUCAACGCUGAGAUCGAGAAGCAGCUGCGGAGAGACAAGCGCGACGCCCGCCGCGAGCUGAAGCUGCUGCUGCUGGGCACUGGGGAAAGUGGAAAAAGCACGUUCAUUAAGCAAAUGCGUAUAAUUCAUGGCUCAGGCUACUCUGAAGAGGACAAAAAAGGCUUCACCAAGCUGGUGUACCAAAACAUCUUCACUGCCAUGCAGUCAAUGAUCAGGGCCAUGGAAACCCUGAAGAUUCUGUACAAAUAUGAACAGAACAAGGCCAAUGCAGUGCUGAUCCGGGAAGUGGAUGUAGAAAAGGUCAUGACAUUUGAGCAGCCAUAUGUAAGUGCAAUUAAAACACUGUGGAAUGACCCUGGAAUACAAGAGUGUUACGACAGGAGAAGAGAAUAUCAGCUUUCUGACUCAGCUAAAUACUACCUUAGCGACGUGGAUCGUAUCGCUACCCCAGGAUAUCUACCAACUCAGCAAGAUGUGCUACGGGUUAGAGUUCCUACAACCGGUAUCAUAGAGUACCCCUUUGACCUAGAGAAUAUUAUCUUCAGAAUGGUGGAUGUUGGAGGUCAAAGAUCAGAACGAAGGAAGUGGAUCCAUUGCUUUGAAAAUGUGACUUCCAUCAUGUUUUUAGUAGCACUUAGUGAAUAUGACCAAGUUCUGGUGGAAUCUGAUAACGAGAACCGGAUGGAAGAGAGUAAAGCUCUCUUUCGAACCAUUAUCACUUAUCCAUGGUUCCAAAAUUCUUCUGUUAUCCUCUUUCUCAACAAGAAAGAUCUGUUGGAAGACAAGAUCCUAUAUUCCCACCUUGUUGACUACUUCCCAGAGUUUGAUGGGCCACAGAGGGAUGCACAGGCAGCCCGUGAGUUCAUUCUCAAGAUGUUUGUGGAUUUAAAUCCCGACAGCGAUAAAAUCAUCUAUUCUCACUUCACAUGUGCCACAGACACAGAAAACAUCCGUUUCGUCUUUGCAGCUGUCAAGGACACCAUCCUACAGCUCAACCUGAAGGAGUACAACCUGGUUUGACCUGCUCUGCUCUUGGCCCCUUGAGAGGCUUCAUUGUGAAGAAAAGACAAAAAAAGAAAUUUUAAAUAUGACAGGAAAAAAAGUUUUAAUUUUUGAUGAUGUAAUGAUUGCAAAUUGUCUGAUCUGUGGAGUGGCAAGUGCUCAGUGUUAUCCUGGAGUCUCAUGUCUCUGUCCACAGAGUAGUUGAUUUCAUAUUUUUAACAAAUUGCUUUUAUUUCACAGUUAACGGGGAUAUGCCUCAUUUCUUCAGCACCUUGCUUACUUCUUAAUUUUUGCCAAACAGCUAAGGCAGUCUCAUCUUGAGCUUUCCUUUGUUGCUUAGCCACUUCUUUUUUCCCCCUUUCAUUCCCAUGGUAUAUAUAGAAAAAAAUAACUUUCCAGCUGAGAUUGUGAAUUCACUGGACUGUGGGAGUACAGAAUGCUACUGGUCCCUUUGCCCUGUGCUAUAGGGUGCCUCUGGUGUAAUUUGCUAAUCCUGCUUGCUUCCCCCCUCUUCCCUUCCCUUCCCUUCCCCAGGACACGCUCCAUGGUUCACUGUGAUGAAAUGUUGGGGAGGAGCGAUUGCUCUCCAACUAUUGUGCAAAAAAAAAAGGCAAAACAAAACAAAAAAAGCCAUCACUUUUCCAUUCUUUAUAUGUUCUAGUUCUGAGUUAUUUUUUCUUAUCAAUUAUAAAAGGUAUGGAGACUGUGAUUUUUUUUUUUUUUUUUUUUUUUUAAAUUAUUGAUGUUCUAUACAUAGUUUGCAACAUGUUGCUGUAUUUUGUUCAUGGACUACAAAUGAUGGAAGCUCUUGGAGCAAUAGCUGCUGAGCCUGGGGAAGUGCCUGACUGUAACUGUUCUUUUUUAUUUUAUUUUGUUUUUAUUUUUUUCACACACAUACACACAUUCCCCCCCCCCCAUACCACAAGCGCAUGUGCGCAUGCGGACAAGGCUCAGUUUGCAGAGAGAAACUAUGUUUUGUUGAGUAGAGUAUAUGACAUCAAGUGAGCAACUUCUCUAUGCAGCAAAUAUCAAAAGCACACUGAGUAAUUGUGGCAUUUAAACAUCAAACUUUGGCUGGAUUGAAAAUCUUAGUCUCGUGCCACCCUCUAGUUCUUUUCUUGCUGCUAGUAGCAAACAAGUCUUGUUUAUUGCAUUUUGUGUCAGUGUGUUGAAUGACUUUGUAAGAAUUCCUUGGUCCUGUCCAGCUUGCGAAUUUUUAGAAAGGACCGGAGUUGGUGGGUGACAAACUUUGGGAUAUAGGUAGGAUUCUUACUUGAAAAGAUUGAGGAUAGCUCUUGGAGGGAGUGGCAAUUCUCUCUCUCCUGCUUAUGCAUUCCCCUGAGGCACAUGCUGCUGUGUUUCUCUUUAGAGGAGUAUGGAUCCUCUUUGGAAGACUUGCACACAUACUUGCUCCAGGGUGCAUGUGAUAAUCAAGUUGCAGUAGUCAUGGCUGGAGCACGCGGCUGCUAUGGAAUCCAGAAAGCCCUGCUGUGGUUGCACUUUUGGUUAGCAGGAGAGUAGAGGCAGAGACAGCAGGGUUUGCUGGUGCAGGUGGAAGGUAGAGUGGAAGUAGUUCUGGAUUCUAGAUGCCAAAUGAAACUCCACUAAGUAGAAGGAUGUGAAGCCUUUGCACAUUAGAGAGCUUUUUCCAGGAGCUGAGGCAAGUGAACAAAUGUGCUGAAGACCUGUUGCCAGCCUGGAAGAUAACUGCAGUGGCAAGGCAAGGAGUCAGUAGGAAACAGGGAAAUCUGACCCACCUCUGGAUGUGUGUCAUUUAUCCAUCACUAAUGCUUCUGUUUCAAUUCCAACAAGUAGCAUUGGGUCCAAAUUCUCUGGAUCAACCAGAUUGCCCCCUGGAAGGCUAAUAGGCUGCCAGUAGAUAAAGACUAAAUGAGCUGCACUGUUGAAGGGGGCUGUUGAUAUUUUGUCUCUUUUGUAGACAGAGCACUACAUCAGUGUUUUGCACAACAUGUAAGAGUAAAUCUUAACUGUUUGAGAUGCUUAAGAUGCUUUGAUCUAGAACACUAAAAUAUGGAGGGACGUGAUUUUGAGUAAUUAUGUUUAUAGGUCCCUCUUGUUUUCCAGAAUAGCUGAGGGAAGCCUCUGUACAUCUCAGAGCACUACAGAAGAAAGCAAGCUCUGCUAAGAGUGAUUAGAGAGCUCAAGUUGGAACAGUAGCCAUGGGACCAACAGUUGAAGAGCCAGUCUGGCUGAGUGGUGAUGCUGAGGGAAACACAGCAUCUCUUUAGAGUAGCCAUGCUCUGGACUGCAUUUAACACUUGGGAGGAAUGAGAGGGAUUCCCAUGUGUCAGUCAGCUUUGCAUCAAUUUUACUGCUUUUUUUGUCUUUAUGCCAAAAUGAUCCGUUUUGUAGAAACUGUCCUAUAAAGAGGAAUUUAUAAUCAUCUUCGUGUAUUCUAAGUGCUGUUCAUCUGAAGCAGAUGGCAGCACCAACCUCUUGCUUCUGUGAUCCUCUUGUAAAUGGUUCACACUACAACUAUUGCCAGCAACAAACCUGGCACUGAGAUACACAGGUUCUUGGAAAUAACUUCCCAGAAGUUUUUUUUCCAAGGUGAAUGAUGGUGGUACUUCCACUUGAAUCAGAAACUUUUUUUUGUUUUGUAUCCUCCCCUUUUUUAAGAGCUGCUGCCCUGGCACAGGAGGAGGGAUCUUGGCUUCUGUCUCUUGCAGAGUGAAUCUGCGUUGUUGUGGGGAACUGUGGGAGGCUAUGGGCACAAGGAUUUAGGCAUGUGCUGUACCUUACUAAGCAACUGCUUGGUGUAGAUGUUGGCCUGAUAACUAACUUGGUGUGAUGGUAUUGCAAAGGGAAGGGGAGAACUUUAUGCGAUGGCUGUCUCAUGAGUUCCUGAAACCUCAUUCUGAAUUAGGGGAGGAAUGGGUCAGACUUGUACAGGUAAUCUGGAGUUGUCUGUGGACUAUAUUGUAUGUGAGAAGAUACCAGUGUUAGCACAUGCUUUUCUUAGCAAGCAGUAGCUUGUGUGCCUCCAGCUUGGCCAAUGAAGCAUUCCUGCAGAACUGGUUCGUGUCUCUGUUGGCUGGCCCUUUGGCAAAUACCUACCCUAGCAAAAGUGCCAAACCUUAAACCAAACUUGCCUAUAUCAUCUUUUCUGAAAGUGACGCCAGUCAGAAUUUUCUACAGGUUGAGACAACAGACUGACCUUCAGAAAAGAGGUGGAAUUGGGUUCUUGUAGAAAAUCUAGAAUCUUGAGUCUGAGGAAGUGGUCUCUUGGCUAACCUCUGCUCCUUGUGCACUUUUUAUCUUUGUUCUGCUGAAGAAACCAACAUGCUCUGAACAAGUUUGAAACUCAAAGUCAGUGAGGAGAGGACCAUCCCAUUUCUUUGCACCAUUCUGUGUGGAUUGGCUACCUGGUGAGCAACAGCCCCUUUCUGCUUCGGCUUGUCAGAUAGCUCCUGCCCUUUCUGCCUGUCUCCCCUUCUCCCGGAGCUGGAUUCUUUGGUCUCUUGUUGUUGCUUCCUAGCAAUGUUGGCCUUGCGUUCAACUAUGGUUUUUCUUCAUGUGUUUUAUUGGUUUAAAAAACAAACAAACAAAAAAAAACAACAAAAAAAAAACUUCCGGAGUGUGCUGACCAUUGUAUUGUACUGUACAGAGCCCAGGUUGUUAGAGUCCAGCAGAGAUGAAGUGUGUUAUGCAGCACCCAGUUUUUUAAGAGUAUGGUUUGUGCCAAUGCCCCUUCUUUAGUAGUGCCAGAGACUCUUUACAAGUGCCAAUGUGGUGGAAAUUAUUUGGUUAUACUUGUAUAUUAUAGGAUCCUGAUUUAAGACAAUUUAAACAUUAUCCUAUUUAAAAAGAUACUAUAUAAAAUGCUGUUUUUAAACCUUGUCAUUUGCAAUGCAUGUAUUGUUGUGCGUGUUGGGGUGGGGGGAGGGAAGAGGGUAGGGUAAAGGAGUUUCUGAAUAAGAUGCCCAGUGUCAGGAUCUAUUCAGGCUCCAAACUGUCUCAUUCCAGUCCAGGAGUGUGAUUGUUUCUUGGAAUGAUCCCACUCUGACUGCUGGGCAACAACCCUUAUUACAGAAAUAUCUGAUGGAAAUUGAUUUUCAUAUCUUUCUCCUGAAAUAAAUUCUCUGUUUGAAAUUGGAAUAAAUUUUGUUCCUAAAA